UAUUCCAUAAAGUCGGUCACCUCCUCCUUCUCUCACGUCUCUGUUCUCUUCUCCAUAACUGAGGGGAGAGAGAAACAGCGUUUGAAGAAUCUUCGCAAAAAAGAAAAGUAAACAGAGCAACAUGAAGCGAAACCUUCAAACGUUGUUUAUGUUAACACGAAAGCGAUCGAUUCAGUUUCUAAUCGGUGCGUUUUUCUUCUACCUCGUACUCGUCACACUCGAAAUCCCUCUCGUUUUCAAAACCGACUUCACCACCGUCGCCACGCGCACCCACAAGCUCCUCAGCGAGGAGGACUCGCUACUGAAGGAUUCCCCGGCGCGUCCUUUGAAAACGGUUUCCAACGCUGACUCGCCGAGUCAACUCGCUCGCCGCAGCGUUAUUUCGGGGCUGGUCUUGAACGACGCCGUGUUCGAAUCCAACGGCAACGACGGGUCGUUGGAGCUCUACAAGCUCGUAAAGCAUGCACGCCAGAUGGGACGGAGACUCUGGGCGGACCUUGAAUCUGGAAAUUUGCGGACCGUUGUGUCGAAGCCCGAGAACCGGUCCAGUUCGUGUCCCGGUUCGGUUUCUCUGUCAGGUAAGGAUGCAUUGGGCGUCGUGCCGCUGCCGUGUGGGCUCACAUUGGGGUCACACGUGACGAUCGUUGGGAAGCCGUUGGCGGCGCGGCCGGAUUUCGAGUCGAAUAUAGCGGUUGUGAAGGAGAAUGAACCGGUGAUGGUGUCACAGUUCGUGGUGGAGUUGCAGGGGCUGAAGACGGUGGACGGUGAAGAGCCUCCUAGGGUUUUUCACUUCAAUCCGAGGUUGAUGGGGGAUUGGAGUGGGAAGCCUGUGAUUGAACUCAACACAUGCUAUCGCAUGCAAUGGGGUUCCGCUCUCAGGUGCGACGGUUGGAAAUCCAAGGCCGAUGAUGAUACCGUUGAUAGGAUGGUGAAGUGCGAGAAGUGGAUUAGAGAUGAUGAACAGCACUUAGAGGAGUCUAAGUCGACGUGGUGGUUGAAAAGACUUAUAGGGCGCACCAAGAAAGUAAACGUUGACUGGCCAUUCCCAUUUUCUGAGGGGAAGCUUUUUGUUCUUACUAUUAGUGCUGGGUUGGAGGGGUAUCAUGUUACCGUUGAUGGGAGACAUGUAGCAUCUUUUCCUUAUCGUGCUGGUUUUACUCUUGAGGAUGCCACUGGGCUUUCGUUGGCUGGAGACAUUGAUGUUCACUCUGUAUUUGCAGCGUCUUUGCCUUCAUCGCAUCCCAGUUUUUCCCCACAGCGGCAUCUUGAAUUUUCCACCAGGUGGCGUGCCCAGCCACUUCCUGACUCUGGCGUAGAAUUGUUUGUUGGUGUCCUCUCAGCUGGAAACCAUUUUUCUGAGCGGAUGGCUGUGAGGAAGUCAUGGAUGCAGCAUAGGCUUGUCAAAUCUGGAGCAGUGGUUGCUCGAUUCUUUGUUGCACUGCAUGCAAGACAUGAAAUUAAUGUAGAGUUGAAGAAGGAAGCAGAAUUUUUUGGUGAUAUUGUUAUAGUGCCCUACUUAGAUAACUAUGAUCUUGUUGUCUUGAAAACAGUGGCCAUUUGUGAAUAUGGGGUUCAUACGGUUUCUGCUAAGUAUAUCAUGAAAGGGGAUGAUGAUACUUUUGUUCGAGUGGAUGCUGUUAUCAGUGAAGCAAGGAAGGUUCCAGAUGAUACCAGUUUUUAUAUCGGUAACAUAAAUUACUAUCAUAAACCCUUGCGAUAUGGGAAAUGGGCAGUGACAUAUGAAGAAUGGCCAGAAGAGGAUUACCCACCCUAUGCUAAUGGCCCGGGUUAUAUUUUGUCAUCAGAUAUUGCACGAUAUAUUGUAUCUGAAUUUGAAAUGCAUAAACUAAGGUUGUUUAAGAUGGAAGAUGUGAGUAUGGGAAUGUGGGUAGAGCAAUUUAACCGCUCAAAACCUGUACACUAUUCUCAUAGCUUGAACUUCUGCCAAUUUGGUUGCAUAGAAGACUAUUACACAGCCCAUUACCAAUCGCCUAGGCAGAUGAUGUGUCUGUGGGAUAAACUGCAAAGGGAGACAAGGCCUCAGUGCUGUGACAUGAGAUGACAAAAGAGACAUAGGUUCUGAUCUUUGAUUCCGUUAGAAGGACAGAGAAAACAAGUUUUGAAGUGAAGCCAUAUACCAUCUCGAAUAUUGUAUAUAACUCUGGAGCUUGGUUAGUUAAACAUCGCCCUGUAUAAAAUGGCCUUUUUUAUUCUCAGUUUAUAAUAUUAUUGGUUUUCUUGUUCUUUUCUCACACCCUUUUUGGGGUCCUCAAUUCUUUUGGCUCGGCAUUGGGAUUGGAAUUGGAUCAUGAUGAUGAUGAUGUUACAAGUUCUGUAAAAUCAUUUGAGGGAUAGAAAAUAUAGAUCAAUUAUUAUACCAAGCUGGUGCUUUUUGCCUG